UAAAAAAAAAAACAUUUACGCUAAAAGAAAAGAAUAUAAAAAAAAGGACAUUAAAUUUUUUAUCCUUUGAAAUUUUUUUUUUUUACUUGUUUUGUGUUUCUAAUUCUUUUUUAUUAAAUAGAAAAAGAAAAAAAAGAAAAGGAAUUUGUGAGUGCAACUUUCAGUCAAAACUUUGCAUUUCAGUUCGCCAGACGUAAAAUUGGAAAAUUUCGGAUUCACGUGUAUUUCCUAAAUAUUUGUAUUUUUUAUUUGAAAACAAUAAUGAGUUCUAUAAUUAUUAUGAAUUAGAUUUUAAUAGAAAUUCAAAAGUAACAAAAAAAAAUAAAAAAAAAAAGAAAUACGUCAAUAUUUGUUUAAUUAAAAUAUUUUGUUUUAAUAUUGAUAAUUUUUUUUAUUUUUAAUGUAAAAAAAGUGCUUCAAUUCAAUCAAAAAAAAUGGUUCAGGCUUUGGAUUUUUGGGAUGUGGACCAGAAUUUACCACAAGCUGUACAGUUAUUAAAAGAAAUGAAUCAACAUGUUAAACAAGUGUCCACAUUAGUUGAGGAUAUGUUACAAAAAGUAAAAAAUGGUGAAUUGUCAACGGAAUAUGGUUUAAGCUUUUUAGAAGUUAAAUAUCAUAUGCUAUUGGAUUAUUUAAUUAAUUUAACAUAUAUUGUUCUACAAAAAUGUUCCGGAGAAAAAAUUGAAAAUGAUCCAGCUAUUGAUAGGUUAAUUGAAAUACGUAUUGUAUUAGAAAAAAUAAUACGACCAAUCGAUCAUAAAUUAAGAUAUCAAAUAGAUAAAUUGGUCAAAACAGCUGUUACAGGUGCAACGAGCUCAUCCGAUCCAAUUACAUUUAAACCUAAUCCCAAUAAUUUAAUAUCUAAUACAGAAGUAAGUGAAUCGAGUGAUGAUGAUUCACAAUCAGAAUCGGAUGAAAAUGAUGAAGAUAAUGAAAAUGGUGAAACAGCAAAAAAAAGUGGUGGUAAAAAAUCUAAAACAAAAUCAAGUGGAAAAUAUGUUCCACCAAAAUUGACAGCUGUACAUUAUGACGAAGAAACAGAAGCAGAACGUACGAAGAAAUUAAUGGAAAAAUCAAGAAAACGGGCAUUGACAUCGUCAAUGUUAGAAGAUUUAAAAGAAGAAUAUUUAGAUAUACCAACAGAAGUGUCUUCAGGCUCUAGAGCACAACAAAUAUUAUUAAAGGCACACAAAGAGAAACAAGAGUAUGAAGAAACCUAUUUAACACGUCUUCCGGUAACAAAAGCGGAGAAACAUAUGCAAAGGAAAUUGACCACAUUGGGUACUCUGGGGGAUGAUAUUUUAGGUGACAUCAAAGCAUUAGGCGCUUCCAGCAGUUCCAAAAAUAAACGCAAGAAAACAUCAGGGAAAAAACGUGGCGGAAAAAAACGAAAAUUUCAUUAAAAUUUAAUAUUUAAAUAAUUAAUUAUGUAUAUGUAUAUAUAUUGAUAUAUAUAUACAAAUUUAUAUUUACAACGUCAACAAUUUUGAAACAAUUUUUUUUAUAUGACAUCAACUGGGAAAUAAUUGAAUAAUGUCAACUAUCCCAAGAAUAGUAUGAAAAAUCAAAAUAUAUCAUGGAUAAGUAACGAAAAAAGUUACAAGCCUACAUAAUAAUAAAAAAAAAAAUAGUUCCAAAAGUCUGAAGAGCACACUAUAUGAAAAGUUCAUGGAAAGCAAAAGGAUUAAUUUUUUCAAUUAAUUAAGCUAUAAAAAAAAACACUCAAAUCUAUUUUGAAAAUAAAAAGUUGUGUUACAGACAUUUUAACUAUUAUUAAAAUUUUUUUACUAGUUUAAAGAAAAAAAAAAUUAAUUAAUUAAUUAUAAUUUUGUUAAGUUAACUUUGAAAAUACUUUUUUUAAUAUUUCUUAUUAUAUUUGUUUUCAAUUAAGUUUUACAUUUACAAACAAAAAAAAAAAAUUGAAAAAGUUUUAUUAAGUUUUAUUAACUUGGAAUUUUGAUAUAUUAUGUAACAUUAUU